AUGAGUGAUGACAAAGAGGCGAACACGCUUGAUCAAGAAGAGGUUGUUUGGAGCAUCAAGACAAACCUUACGUGUCAAGUGUGUGACAAGUUAUUUGUGGAUCCAAAAAUACUUCCAUGCCUGCAUACGUUUUGCUGUCUGUGCAUUGAAAACUUGCUCCGAAACCGACCACUGAAGGACAAGCUGUUUAAGUGCCCUUCGUGUCAUUUUGAAUCAGGGCUGGACUGUCGCAACUCUGUGAGGAAACUUCCCGCCAACUCGCUCCUGGUGUCGCUGCUCGACUUACUACGGGUACAAGAAGGAGAAGCCAUCCAGUGUGAUGUUUGUGACUGCAGUGUGGACGAAUCACCGGCUGAUUUACGGUGUCGAGAAUGCUCGGUUUAUCUCUGUGAGUUGCACGCAGAGGCUCAUAAAAGAGCUAAGGAUACCAAACUCCAUGUUCUUCUCUCUUUAGGUGAGACAGGCUAUACAUGAAUUCAUUUAAUCCCCAACACCUUGACCACAGUAUUGAUAUUCCCCACACUGUUCUCUUUACGUUUCCAAUGGUAUUGACAAAGAGAAUUUGUUUAGCAAUCAAGAUCUUCUUAAAAUGACGAUCUUUUCCUAUCUCCUCAGUCAUGACCUUACUGUAAGGAGAAAUUAGAGGCCAAUCACCCUCAGAGGUUAAAGUUUUUUACGAUGAGAAUAACUGAUCUGAAUGCAAACUCUCUAAACUCUCUUCAAUACUGAGAUUUUCGUGAGAAUCUGUUACUGCGUCAAUAUUUCUAGCUUGCAAUUUUCCAAGUCACCGUUUCGAUUUCAUUUUCUCAAUUAUUGUCCUUAAGGCUGUUUAAUAAAAAAAAUGCCGCGAUAGCACCCAACGGCCACCCAAAAAAAGGAGAGCUCGAGAAAAAUAUGAAAUCAGAUCAUGUUACUUUUCUUUGUCCGUGAAAGUCAGUUAAGUUCUCAUUUUAGAUAAAGUAUAUAUUACGGCGAGUAGGAACGCCUAAUAAAUCUCUCAGUCAGUUAGAAGAAAAAAAGUCGCAACUAAGAUGAAAAAAGAACGUCUAAGAAAGAGUGUUCUCUUUCUUCUCUGGCCGGAAAUUUUCACGAGUAGAUAUGUUCUUACACGUCACGCCACCUGUACUGUGGUUACUAUGCACUCCAUUGCGGAAAGCCUUUCUGGCUCUGAUUUUCCAAAAUUAACUCCUUCAUUUCCUACAACAUUCUCUGACAGAAAUUUUGAUUUUUUUUUUAACAGAGCACCUAAAAACCAUGUCUUUGAAAGAGUUGAACCGGCCAACCUACUGCGCAACACACACUGAUGAAAAAUUAGCGCUGUUCUGCGACACUUGCAAUGAAAGCAUCUGUCGCAACUGCGCUCUUAAAGACCACAAAACGCACCAAACUCAGUUUUUGGAGGACGCAUACUCCAAAUUAUACCCCAGGCUCUCUCAAAUACUGGAACAAACUAGGAGCGUUUGCAUCAAAGUAGAAAAAGCUGUCCCCGCGCUGGAAUGGAUGCAAGCACGGGUGAACAUGAAAGCUGAUGGUAUAAUUCGGGAUAUCGAGGACAGCAUCAACACUAAGAUCAAGGCCUUAGAACAAAGGAAGAGUGAGCUGCGAGCCGCGGUAGAACUGGUGCGAGUGAACAGAAAGACCGCGUUGGACGUACAAAGGCGACGUUUAGAGGCAUCCCGAGACGCACUGCAGGUGUCGUGUCGCUUUGUGAAGAGAGUCCUCGAAGAAGGUAAUUACUAAAUGAAAUUUCAUAAGACAGAUUAUAGCACUUUUUCUUUGGUUUUGCUUUACGUAGCCAGUGUACAACCGCUUCCUACCCCCAACCCUCCCUCCCCUCCAAAAAAAUCGGAAAUUAGGGGUUUGGAGGUAGAGAACGGCUACACACAGGCUAUGCCUCUCAAAGCAUUUUUAUUGGUCUAGAAAACUCGGAAAGUGACAGUUUUGGAUAAAAAGAAUUCUGCGAAUGCUCUCAGCGCAAACAAAAAUAAUUUAAACGAAUGCAAGUUUAAGAUUAAAUACACCCACUACUGUUUUAUUUUUGGAUUUAUCAUAGGUGAUCCGGUGUACUUGCUGUCCGCCAAAGAUCUUAUGUCCGAGAGACUAGAGGCACUUGCCAAUCAGGGCUAUGAACUUCAACCUCGUGAGGACCACGUGAUCAAGUUUUCUGCCGAAAACGUGGCGUUACAACAAGCUAUUGAGUCAUUCGGGUCGAUAGAUACCUCUUACCCUUAUUUUGCGACUUCUACAGCAGAAGGACCUGGUCUACAUGAGGCAAAUGUCAACCAAACCGUUUGUUUCACAGUAAUAACCAGGUUUGUUGUCGUCAUAUUCAUCUCCUUUUUCCUUUUUCAACUUUCUUUCAUGAGAAACGCCUAAUGGUCACCUUAGCGAUCAUUGUACUGAACUCUAGAUGAGCAGGUCUGGGUUUGAGCCUCGGAGCUCGUUCCUCAAUUCGGUCCCGGUAACUUAACGGCCCGUGAAUCUGCUCUUAUUUCUUUCCAAAUGGGGGUUUCAAAGGUUUUGAAAACGAUACAAGAAACUGUCUGUUAAAGAAAAAAAAAUGGUCUGGUCAAAGUUCCAGAAUCUUUAAUUUCUCUCGCUUAAAUUUGAUUUUAAAAUUUGGUUUCAGGCCUGUUAAGCUACCAGGGCUUAAGAAACGGGCCCCAGGUGACUUUUAAAAGAACGCUAAAGGGCCCGCUAGGGAGCCAGUCACUUUCCGUCGACCGGGGAAAAGUUUAAUUUUGAGGGUGUUGCAUGGUGAGGAGGAAUGGAGGGGGAUCAGUCGUCGCGAACAGAGUAUAAAGGAUGGGGGGAUGGGGGAGUGGAAAACUAACUGCCAACGAGAGAGGAGAGGACGAUUGGAAUAAUACAGAGCCCUAAGAGGGGGGAUCGCGUAAACUUUAUUGUAGCCGAAAUUCACCCCCUCCCCUCCACAGUUAGAUUUCAAAAUCUUAAUGGACGAGAUGUCGGUGUAGAUCUUAAGUCAAAAAUCUAAUUACUCUAUCGUUGUCUUGAAUAUUUGGUACUUUUCUCACAACUUUCAACGUUGGAAUAUUAGGGUUCGCGUUGUUCAUUAUCGCAUCAAUGAUUUCAAAAUCUCCAUGUUUACUCAGGGAUAGGAAAGGAAGAUCUAUUGAAUGCGUGACCUCCGACUUGAGUGUUCAGAUCGAGUCCCCGGAUGGUGCUCUUACCGAGGUUGAAAUCACCUCGCAAAAUAGCGGGAAACACAACAUUUCUUACAUUCCCUUGGUGCCAGGACAACAUCUUAUUCAUAUAAGCAUCCGUAGCUACUCAAUGAACGGAAGCCCUUUCACAGUCAAUGUACCUUUCGCCAUGAGGGACUACGAAAAUAUGACCCAACCACAGCUGCUGAUAGGAGGGCCUGGGGAAGAGGCGGGAAAACUGAAGGGCGCAAGAGGUGUAACAGUGGACAAGGAAAACAGAAUCGUUGUAUGUGACAGGAACAAUUUCCGCGUGCAAAUUUUUGAUUCCUCCGGGAAGUUUCUGUUCGCUUUUGGAAACAAAGGAAGCGGGGAUGGCGAAUUCCCCGGCGGUCCCUUGAGUGUGGCUGUGAGCAACGACGGAAGGUUUUUCGUCUCUGAUUGGAGCGGAAGAACUUUUCAAAUGUUUGACGCCAAGGGAAAGUUUGUGAAAAGAUUGAGACUUCCUGAAGACGAAGACGAAAAAUGCGCCAAACUCUCAAAUAUAGUCUUUAGCCAAAAAGAACUUCAAGUUUAUAUCACCGAUGGCCAAAAUAGGAAAAUUUAUGUGUUUGACAGUGGCGGGGAGUACUUGUCACACUUUCAAGUUGGCUGUUUGGAUGAAGACGAUGGUCUCCCCAGCAAACUCCAAGGGGUUACAAUAAACAGGAAAGGUAUGAAAAUAAUCGCAAUUUAUUUUUAUAUAACAAGUUGAGCCAAUAUGAUCUACGGUGGGUUCUUGCUUUUAUAAUAAUGGAACCUCAGUUAUAACCUAUCCUUAUAUGACUUUUUACCACAAUUGGCAGUAAUGUCGCAAUCUAAUUGGUCCUUGUCGAUAAGAGUACAGAAGGCGCUGUUCACGUCAACGUGUCACUCAACGCCUUUGUCACUGAGAGAAUCGUUUUAUUUGACGUCUAUAUUGUGGUAAAAGAAACAACAACAAUAGCAAAAACAAAUCGAAACUGGUCAAACGUGGUCUGUACUCUCAUCGACAAUGUUAUUCGUCAUCACUAAGGUGAAAAUGUUGUGGACUGACGAAACGUCUAUAUUGUGGUAAAAAAAAAACAACAACAACAACAAUAACAAAAACAAGUCGAAACUGGUCAAACGUGGUCUGUACUCUCAUCGACAAUGAUAUUCGUCAUCACUAACGCGAAAAUGUUGUGGACUGACGAAACGAAGCAUUGAAUUGGCGGUCAAAAGGGCGGGGAAUAGGGCUCUACCUUUUUUACACCACGCAGACGAACUCACAAGCACACUCUCCCCGACGCCUAUUGCUCUUCCCAAUGAUAUAUAGUAACUGGAUGUGGAAAAAAAUGGGAAGGAAAAGCUGUGCAGCCAUUUUUUCUUAGUGUUUGAGCCCAACAUGCUAUUCUUUUUUGUUCUCCGUCAAUCCUAUAUUUUUUAAUGAGGGCCUGUCUGCAAGCUGCCACCGCGUGAUCUAUCAUGCCAGAUACUUAUGCAAAAACCAGUUUUGCUGAAGCACCCUUAGAACUAUACAAUCUUCUUCCGUUCUACAUUUUAGGAGAGAUUGUAGCGUCCCUGGUGAACGAUGGAGCCCUUCAAGUACUGAGCACGGAUGGAAAGCCACUGAGACACAUUCCACUUCCUUUCACAAAAUCUAGCAAAGUUUUCGCUCCAGAAGCCAUCACUGUCGAUUCAAAUGACAACAUUUUGAUGGCGGAUAGUAUGAGAAAUUGCCUUCUGGUUUUCUCAGGCGAGGAUGGGCACCUUAUAGCAGAAUGUGCAAGAGAGAGCCUUUGUAAUCCAUAUGGAGUUGCUGUAGAUAGAGUGGGUCGUGUUAUUAUGACUGAUUCUUCUAAUCAAAUUAAGAUAUUUUAG